UGCUUAUUGGAAAGAGGAGAUUUGUCAUCUGCUUUUUUCUUUUAAUGAACAUAGAUCUAUUUUUGCUGGGCUUUUCUUUCAAUAUAGAUGGUUGUUACAGAUUCUUGUCUUUUUCCUCCUUCGAUUAUGAAGGUUCGAUUCACAAACAUGCACGGUGUGGACCAUAUUUUGGAACUCCACCAAGAUUUGACCGUGGAUAAAGCCAAAAUCAAAUGUUUGGACUAUUUCCACAACUCGGCAGAGAGUAUGAAAAUGUCGUUGUAUCAUAAAUUGGUUUUAGUACGAAAUGGGAAAGUUUUAACUGAAGGGUUGUCACUUCAACAAGAAGGAGUUAGAGAUAAUGAUGAAAUUUUAUUGUUGAAGAAAAGAAUACAACCUUCACCUUAUGAAGCCUCAGACAAACAAAGUAGAGAUGAUAGAAAAGGACCAGAUAUGGAAACCAUUAAACGUGCCACUGCCAAUAUACCUAAAUCAGCUGUUGAAGCUGUACAAGAAGAUGCAACUUUAAAUGUAGACUUUCAAACAGAAUUAAGACGAAUUCUUAUAUCAUUAAUAGAUGCAUCACAGAGAAUUUUGUGUUUAAAUCCAGAAGCAAGUAAAGUUUUUAAACAGGCAGAAGAUAUUUUGAAUGAACCAAGUAAAAAGCCAAAAGUCGACACCGCUACCUUAAAACAACUAACAGAUAUGGGUUUUCCUGGAAAUAGAGCCAGAAAAGCUCUCAUACUUAAUAAAAUGUCUGUAAUGUCUGCAAUGGAAUGGUUACUACAACAUCAAAAUGAUGCUGAUAUAGAUGAAGAUGUACCAGAACCUGAUACAGAUCAACCGCCACCUGAGGAAGAGGGAGCUGUAGGAGGAAUUGAAAGUGCAUCAGGAGAAAGUCCAAAAGUCACUAAUAUACGACAAUCACUGAAAGCUUUUAGAAAACGAGAAUUUCGGCCAAAUCCUCGGGCAUUACAGAAAUUAUUAGAAAUGGGUUUUGAGGAGCAGGAAGCUGGUGAUGCACUAAGAGUUGCUAGAAAUGAUCAGGAUGCUGCUUGUGAGUGGUUGCUAGGAGAUAGGAAGAUGAGACCAGAGACAAUUGAUGAAGGUUUAGAUACAAAUAGUCCUAUAUAUCAAGCCAUUAUUGCUAAUCCUACAGUACAGUUAGGUCUAAAUAAUCCCAGAUGUCUUUUAGCUUUUCUACAGAUGUUAGAGAACCCUGUAGCAGCCAGUCAGUGGUUAAAUGAUCCAGAAACAGGUCCUAUAUUAAUGCAGAUAUCAAAAAUAUACCAUGCUGAGAAAAACUCUAAACCACAGCUUACCUCCCUUUCGGUUCAUAAGUCAAGGUGAUAGCAGAAUAGGUAUUAACCCACAGAGUGUGCAAUACAAUGUGAUAUGUAUAUAUUUAUAGUAAUUACUGCCAGAUAGAUUUAAACAGAUCUAUUCUUUUAAAUCUUUACACCUUUAUUACCUUGACAAAAGUGUGUGUCAAAAACAGAGAACUAUAGUUUAAACCAGUGAUGGGAUUUCAAAAUUUUUCUUGUCGGACAUUUUUUUCCCGAAAAUAAAGGGGCAUAACUCUUAUCGUUAUUUAAGCAGACGUUUUCAAACCACAAUUAAGAAUCACUUGUCAACAAAAUAUUCAAAUUUAUACGUAAUAAAAAAAUAUCUUCACCUCGUUAUUUUUCAUGCUUAAUUCCCGUACGGUAUUAAAAUUUAUGUCAAUAAUAUUCUUACAAAAUUACAUGACAUCAUAAUACCAUAGAAUGAAAGUGUGACGACUACUGUCGACCGGUACCUGUUUUAAAUUCCCCCCAAAUUACCGUAUUUUUCGGGUCAUAUUUCGAUACGUUUUUCAGCAAAGACCGACAUUCAUCUCAUACUCCGUUUCGAUUUAUAUACGAAAGGAAAAAUAUGACAUCCCGAAAUUUAUUUCGUAGUAAACGUCGCUCAAAAACUAGCGAGGGACACCUACUGCAGCUAAAUAAUCGCAUUCGACUCUAGCACGCGCUAUCGUCUAAAACAAUUAACUAACCUUAUUCCAAUCGACAUAGUCGUCAGCAUUUCUUAGCGUGUUUAUUUAUUUAUUUAAAAACAUAAACCCCACUCAAAAUAUGAUCAUAAAUUCGACAAUAUGCCAUCAAAAUAGAAUCUUUUCUCUCACAUCAGGCGUAUUUGAUUCGGCACGUUUAAAUCUCUUAAUUUCACGUGUCUCGCGAGAUGACUACUUUCAUUUUGAGUUACUUUACUAAAACAAUUAACUAACCUUAUUCCAAUCGACAUGGUUGUCAACAUUUCUUAGCGUGUUUAUUUAUUUAUUUAAAAACAUAAACCCCACGUAUUACAUUCGGCACGUUUAAAUCUCUUAAUUUCACGUGUCUCGCGAGAUGACUACUUUCAUUUUGAGUUACUUUACUAGAACCAUGCGUGUGUGUGAAAUAGCUUUAUUUAACUUUGGCUUUCACCGAAGGAAUAUCACAGACAAGUUAUCGGAUACAAUGUAUAUUGAAUCGAAGCAUGUUGAAAGUUAUAAAGACUGUCUAUUGAUGUCUAUUACAAUAUGUGACAUCUAUAGUUUAUACAUAUUGUCGGCUCACGUCAAUGCGAUUAAUAUGUCCGACAAUGCAGAAACCACGAGGUUAACACGAGGAUUAAAAUUAUAAUCACAGUUAUUGGAUUGAUGAAUAUUCUGACAAAGGGGAAACAAUGACUUCUGUUUACGACUAGAUUGAUGAACUGUCCGACAAAGGAUUAAGUCGGUCAAUCAAGGCAGAUUAAGUAGUUAAUCAAGGUAGGUUAUUUAUAGACAGUAUAAAACGAUAAAUACGGUACGUUGAUCACUUAAUUACCUAAUCAAUCCAGCGUAUUAUCGACGAUAAUCGGGUUGAGUGGUUGUUACAAUUAGUAAACUAUUACUUUCAAAAUUUUGAAUAUUAUUCACCAUGUCUUGAUGUCCGAUUGGGCAUAUUCCCGGUCGGACAAUUUUGGGCGUUUGGAAAAAAGAUUCGGACAAGUCCGGAAUAUACGGGCAAAAUCCCAUCACUGGUUUAAACAUGCCCCACUGAUGUCAAUUAUAUGUCACUGUCUAUUUAAAUAAAUGAUUAAAGAUACAUUAUGGAAGAUUAGAUAAAGAGCUGGCAGUUCUCACUAUAAUAGUUAAAAACUAAAUGAUAUAAUAAAUUGAAUUUGCUGAAAAUUUCAGUCAAAUUGAUCCACUCUGAACCGAGAAUUUAGCAAUCAAAUUUUCGGCCUAGUCUUGAUCAUCACCACUGAAGUUGGUACGAUAGAAAACAAAGUCUCGAUUAUCCAUUUCAUCCAGUAAAUAUCGCAGCCUGGUGAUGACAUUGAGAGUUGAUUAUGGUCUGGAUAAGUUAAUUAAUAUCUAAUUAAUAAUUUAGAUAUCAUUUCAGGCCUAAAGAAAGACCUGCAAUUGGCAGAUUUAGCUCUUGCAUAAUGUAUGUUUAAAUGAAAUCAGUAGUUUUCACCCACACUAUCAGCAUUUUGAAUUUUAAAUAGAAGUUACCAUUUGAAAUGACUUGAUUUGAACUUAAACAUUGAUGAAAACAAUCUGCGGAGGUUGAAAAUAUCACAUUGUCUCCAAUCCGACGAGCAAACUGUUUACAAAUUGAUAAUCAACAUUUGGCCGUCGGCAAUCAUAGCAAAGCUAAGUAUUAAUAAUAACCAGUUAGAAUUUAGUUAAAGGGAUAACUUUUCCAUACUGUAUUUUGUUUCGAAAGAAAUAGCAGAAUUGAGUUUGUUUACUACUUUUUGUUUCAAUUUUAAUUUACUGUGUCAACACCUGAACACACAAUAUUGACUUUAUCUAUGGAUAAAACCCUUAGACUGAUAUGAUUAUUAUAGUAAACGGUUAAAAUCUGUUGUUCGUCAAGUUUUGCAUACAAUCCAACAUGAACAUGUCCGAUUUAUUUUAUGCGAACUGGCGAAGACCCCCCAAACCUCAGAGAAAAAAAAACAUUAUUAUAUCUUUUUUAUAAAUGGAUAUCAUAAAAUAUUAUGUUAAUCGACUCACAAGUAAAAUAAAAUAUAUUUGUUUGGUAUGGGUAUUAGAGUUUGUGAAAUUGAGAUGACAUCAUACUUUUUGCAGAAAUUUUUUGAUGGGGUCCCUUUUUAAUCCGACAAAUCCUAGCUUGGAGAUCAACUACCGUUGACGUUUUCUUUGAUUGAAUGUUGAAUAAUCAAUAAGAGUACAUUUUAGCUUAUAUUGAUAUGUCCACAAGAUGCAAAUGGCAAUCAGUGACUUUAUAAGGUAUUUAUGAUGUAAAUUUGUGAUUGAAGAGCUUCUCUCUGCUUAUAGAAAUAAUUUCCAAAACUGCAUCCGAUUCAGAGUCUGAUGUGCAGCUGUUGGGCAUAGUCUUUGCCCCGAACAUCUUAGGAAGAAAAAUCUUCAAUUUCCUCUUGACAUUGUUCGCCAAUAUCUUUCAAGGGAAAACCAUAAAAUCUCUUCUCCGCACAUGGCAGGCCCUGCUUCACUUGGACUUUUAAUUAGGUCUAACAAAGAUCUUCUCUUUCGUAGAAUCCAAAAAACUAUGGUACUGAUUUUUUUCUUUACUGUUUUCUGAGAUUCAGUAGGUGCAACUGUUUUAUCUAAGACACACUGAUAAUGACUCUCUUUACUGUAUUCUUAAAUUCAUUCAUGGAUAAUUCCAAAGUCAGUCUUUCAAAGUAGACUGUGAGGUGACCAGCCUCAAAUAAAACAAUAUUCUUUUUAAAUCUACAAGCUUUUGUUUCCGUAAUUUGGAUGUGUAAAUAUACAAGAGUGUAAUAACUUGAAUUCUUCAUUUUUUGCAUCAGAAAACAUUUUGAAUAGUUCUGGAAUUUGCUUGCAUGCCAUGGCCAGUUUCAUUACAGCGGUCUCUUUGGCAUGGUUUUGAGAGUAUCUGUGACAAUAAGAGUCUUGUCUGUUCCUCAGUAGGUUUAGCACCCUUGCAAUGAUGUUUUCUUAAGUAUUCCUUCCUGUGGAACUGUUUUCCGCAUUCUCCGCAUCCAAUAAAGGUGGUUUUGUGCCUUUUCUCUCAAUUGUCUUAAGUAGGUGACAUCGCCUCGACAGAAUUUGGCCACAUUCUUGACCAGCGUCCAUUUUGGUAUAAAAAUGGAAAUGAAAUGAAAUGAAAUGAAAAUGGUGACUAUGACAUCAGGUGUGUGAUUUUGACGUAAUGUCGGAGUGACGUACAUAAGUAUAUUAGUGGAAGGGUGUUAGUGUAACACCCAAUUGUUUAAUUAUUUGAUAGUCUAGAUAUCUACUAUCAAAGACACCAAGUAAGUGGGAAAAGUCAUAAUCAUUUAGACCAUUCUCAAUGCCAAUAUUGUAAUAUGCUAAAACUUAAGAACACAUUCUGUUCUAGUAAAACAGGCAAAUCUUAUAAAUGUUCCUCUAAUUGGACUUGCCAUAAUAAAAAUGUUAUCUACCUAGCUACUUACUUGUAACCUACGUCGUAAACAAUACGUUGGUAAAAGAAAAAGUUUGCAUCUUAUUGGACUAAAGGAACAUUUGCUAACAAUGAUUAUCGUCAACUGUAGCAAACUGCAAUACUUUUGACACAUUCUUUUUCCCACUUGAUUUUUGACCUUCUUUUUUUCUUCAACAAAUUAAUAUGUGGAGAGCUCGUAAGAUUUUCUGAGGGACUCUUUUUAAAAGUCCUCUUCCGUGGAUUCUGGCUACUUUUCCAUGGAUUUUCACGUUUUAUAAACCCUGCAAAGCUUAUUUCACGGGGGCCAUCUAGGAUCCUCUGCUGACAUUCCUUUUUCAAGCCUGUUACUGGCUUGCACGUUGAUCACCUCAUCACUAGCACCUGAAGUACCCAGCAUCGGUUCAAUAUCGUAUACAGGAUUAUCCGCAGAUUGAGGCACAGUGUCAUCACCACUGUUCAGAUUGGGCUUUAGCCUUUCACUGCCUUGACUUGGAAAUUCAACUAGGGUUGAAUGGAUGUAUUCCUGUUUGGAUGUGUGCAAUACUUUUGUAUUGUAUUUAGAUUUAGAUUGUGGUGGUCAAUGGCUCUGGCAGGCGUAAUACGGAAAUCAUAUUACAAAUAUAACAAACAUUACAACAAGGCGUACAUUGGCUCUAACACAAUUAACUACAAAUUAUCUCCCCUUGUAGUCCCUAAUGUCAUGUAACUUAAAGGGACAAGUCUGUCACACUUACCCUUUGACUAGAUGUGAAAAUGAGUCCUAACUAUACAUCUAGUCAACACUACACAACAUCAUCAGAAAUCCAUUGCUUUCAUUUAACAUCUGAUGCUAUGGCUGCGACUCUGCGCGUUUUAGCUAUUGGCUGGUUACGUAGAUCUACUGCUUGGCUUUGGCUACUAAUUUCUAACGGAUAUAGUAACUGGAUAGGUCUUCGAAGAACUGAGACACCACUCUUGGAAGAGACACGAAGAACGGCUCCACGAUUAAAUCCAUCUUUACCCAAUUUCCACAAAUUUUGUUUCUUGUUCUCGUCAUUUACUACAACAAUGUCUCCUACACUAAUAGACAUUUGACUGGAAUUGGCGAUAUUGCGGUGAGAGUUUCUGAGUUUAACAAAUAUUCUUGUUUCCACCUUGUCCAAAAAUGGCACAUAACACGAUUUAAAUGAUUAAGUCUUUUGCACAUUUGGUUAGGUUCUAAAGAAUUAAAAUCCAUAUCUGACAUGCCACUUAUUAGCUUUUCUAAUGAUGAUAUCAGUGUUAUUUCCUAAUUCUUUGACGGCUUUAUGAAGACAAGUUUUAAAGUUGUUCUUGGCGCGUAUUCUUCUAGGUGUAUUUUCUCUGAUGAUAUUCUGUGUGAUGUGGAUGAAUUCUUCAAGUGGUUGGCAUCGGGUGGGCGGAGGAGUCCAUCCGGAUGGUUUGCCGAAUGGACGAGGUACAUAAUUGGCGCUGUUAUGUUGAUUCCUAUGAAAGUGAUUAAGUCGAACUGUUCUUUAAAAAAUUUUACAAUCAGUUAUAAUAUUUAAUUCUUCAGUGGUAGAUGGUGUUGGUAUAAAAUUAAGGCCAAAGGAUAAUGCUUCAAGGUGAUUUUUUGAUAGUUGGAAAUCUGAUAAGUUGAUGAUAAGUGAUCAUUUCAUUCUCAUUAAGAUUUCUUUUCAGGAAUUUUCUUGGCAUUUCUGGGUCUUCUUUUGAAUUCUUCAAUGGCGUUAGUUAUAAUGGAAAAUAGGAGUUCUUUAUUCUCCUCACUGGCGUCAAUUUUUUGGAUUUCUUCCGUAACUUCUUCUAACUCUUUUUCGAUGGUGGUUUUGUGAUUAUUCCAAUAAUCUAAGCGGAUGACUGUCAAAUCUUUACCGAAAUUUUGAUGAGCCGCUUCCCAACGAAUUUGGAAGCGACUAGGAAAGUCUGGAGUUUGAGGCAAGGUUUUGUUCUGAUUGAGUCCUUUGGGUACGAACUGUUUUUCUAUAGAAAGGCUCAAAAAUGAGAUAUGAUUCUCACAUUUAAGUAGAUUAAACUUAAGUUUUCUGAAGACCCGUAGGUACGGGACCAGGUUGUCGGGAAGUUUCUUGCUAUUAGUGAAAGUAGUGGAGAAAAACGUAUCUGGAUCAAUCUCGUUUCUUCGACUUGGAUUCUCAUUAAUUAAUUAUAAAUAAACCAUACCUGAGAUGGAAAUGAAGAUUGAUCUCCAUCAACAUACUAUCAACAGAUAAAUCCAAUUUAGAUACUGCAGCCUUAACCACUAAAUUAGCUAAAUGUCAAAUACAACCAAGGUCCACCACUGUUGGUUAGUUUUCUUUUAUUCAGGAGAGUACAGAUUUUUUUCCCAUUCAUGACAUUAGCAUUAUCACUGCAGUAAGCCACCAAAUUCUCCCACUUUAAACCAUGAUCCCUGAAAAAACAAACAAUUUAAUCUUAUGAAUCAAACUAAAUCAAUUACAUUAGAAAGGUUAGUGUUUAACAGAACAGUAGUUUUGUUCUGAUUGUUACAUAAAUUGUUCAAAUGGCAUUUAAUAAUUGAACUGUAUUGUAUUCCAUAGAAUUGUGACCAGAAUAUUGUUAUUUCACAAAUUAAGGAGAACUAAUAUAAAAAGAAAUUUACUUGAAACUUUUAUCAAUAGUAUUACUAUUAAACAGGUGCUCUGAGGUUGAUAAAAUGCACAUUGGCAUGUCCAAAAAUUUAGUUACUGCCUUUUCCUGGGUAUAAUCUAGGCAUCUUACAAGAAGAGCCAUAUUCUUGUCAUGUCCUCUGUCAUUAGAUUCAUCCAGCAAUAAACUGAAUGAAUUGUAACACAGUUCCUUCACUUCAUUUAUGAAGUGUGGUGCAAGGGCACCUUUAACAAUCAUGGUGGUUUUUGUUUUUCCACCUUUCUUACCGGAAAAGAUACAUUCCACAGUUGAAUAGUUUUGGCAGGAAAACUGAAGACCUCUUUGUUUGGAAAUGCGGUAGGAAUCUGUUACCGUGUAGUAGAGCGGUAUACAGGUCCAUUUUGCGGCACUGCAGUGAGUGAAUCUGAUUUAGGGGGACUUUGCAGUCAUCUUAUAAUAGUAUUAAUAGCACCAUCUCUCUUUUGGUCAUAUCGUAAAUGUUUUACAUACAUCAUGAAGUCCACUACCAGAAUCUUCAGCUCUCCGAAAUCAAUAAGUGUAUGAAAAUAUUCUGGAUGUUGCACAUUCAGUUGUGCAUCAUUCAAUGUUAUAAACUGCUGAACAUUAUCAAAAUUCAUAGACCGAAGUUAGUUAUGAAUCUGUCCACGGUCAGCGUUGCCAAAGACUUUCAUUCACUCUUUUUGGCGUGAAUCUUUGCAGACUGGCCUUAUAGAAUGUGGAAGCCUGUCUCUUUUAAUUGUUUUGCUUUCCAAACAUAGUCUCCUCUUUGUCACUCUUUCUCUUGUUCUGGUCUUGACUCUUUGCUAUUUCUUCAUCUGAUUUCUCUAAUUUCUCUUUAUUAUGUAUUGGGGGGGUUGGAUGGCUGAAUGGUUAGCGUGCACGCGCUGUAUCAUAAAGUCUGUCAUUGAGUCGACUGGCGUGGUUUCGAAUCCCCGGUUGUACGUGACAACCUGUCCAACCUCGUGGGUUUUCUCCGGGUCCUCCGGUUUCCUCCCACUGCUAAAGACCCCUGGACGUUAAACCCCAUUUCUCUCUCUCUCUCUCAUUAUGUAUUGGAAGGGGCGUACAUAACGAUUUUGUUUGGGGGGGGGUCUUUAGCCAAAAUGCGACCGACUGAAGCCCAUACCCCUAGUACGAGUGACGCAGUCAGGAGCCGAGCACCACAGGUGCGAGUUUUGUAGGGGCCAUGUGCAGUGGCGGAUCUAGAUAGGGGUGGGGGGGGUCCAAAUCUAGGGCGCCACCCCAGCCACAAUCCCACCCCACAAUGAAUGUCAACAAAAUACAGGCUAUAACAUUAAGCGUCCCGGUAGAACAUAGAUGGUAUUGUAUAAUUAUAUAGUUGUUUGCCGAUCGUUGUCUCGCUGGAAAGCAGUUUUAUUUAAGUUGACAUAAAGUUUAUGUCAUAUAUGAUUGUGCCUAUAACACUGAGUAACCUGAGAAAAAUUGAGUCAAUAUCUUGGCAUUUGAGGUCAUUGCUGGGAGAAAUUCUUGUGGCUGAGAGGACCAGAAAUGUGAGUCAAUUAGACAAAAUCUCGAGAUCUGCCCUUGUCAAUUCCGCCUGUUUUGCAAGAGUUGACAGAACUUUUGUAUAGUCUGACGCCUCACGACCCACACAACAGUGCCAGUGGUACUACUAACAUAACUAGGCAGUUCAGUAUAACCGUGAAUAUGAAAGUGCUGAGACAACAGAAACAGAGUAGUGGAAGAAUGAUGUUAUAAUGGAAUUGAGCGCCGCAGGCUCGAAAAAAUUUCAGAUGUGUAACCGAGCUUUUAAUUUUUGAGACUGGGCCUGACAAGUUUAGUCAAUGUCAUGGCAAAUGGAUCCAAAUUCUCGUUAACGAGAGGAUAGGAAAUGGGACAGAAUCUUGAGGCCUAUCUGUCAAUGUCGCCUGUUUUGUGAGAGUAGAACUAACAAUUCUACAGUCUUUUGACCCACGACUCACUCACUAGUGGUACUACUAACUGGGCGAUUCACUGUAACUGUGAAUAUGAUAGUGAUGAGAUAGUAUAAGACAGAAAGGAGUUGAAGAAUGAUGGCAUAAUGGAAUUGAGCGCCGAUAUGUAACUGAGCUUUUAAUUUUGAGGACUGGGUCUGAGGGCACUUUACCUCAAUGGGGCGCUUACUUGGUCUCUGAAAUGCCCUGGACUUUGGGGAGAGAUUUUGCAGAAUUCUGAUGGUCAGAAAACACCCCAUUAAUUCAUUUAGUCUGAGACCGACUGCGGUGAGCACUUUUUUUUGAGACCGACUAUUUUUUUGCCAUGGGAUGAAAAACAUUUUUUUCAAACAUGAUAAGUCGACAAGGUUAUUUUAUACUAAAGUUUUGCGUGAGUAGAGUGACGUGUGCAGUGAGCACUUAUUUUGAUACCGACUGCUCAUAUCUUACGACCGACUGCACUGAUUUUGAGACCGACUAGUAUUUGAGAUCUAUUCUUGCAUUAUUUGUUUACCUCAUUAAUUCAUUAAGACGGCAAUGCAUAAUUUUGAGACCGACUGCAGUGACUGCACUUAUUUUGAGACCGACUAUUUUUCUCCCUGGGGGAAAUUUUGUUCUUAAGACUAACAUACUCACAAGAGUUUAUUAUGGUCUGGAUAAGUUAAUUAAUGUCGAAUUGAUAAUUUAGAUAACAUUUCAGGCCUAAAGAAAGACUUGUAAUAAGCAGAUUUUGCUCUUGCAUAAUGUAUGUUUAAGGUUUGGAAAAGUUAUCCUGUAAAUCAGUAGUAUUGUCAAACUUAACAACCCUAAAAACAACAGUGAUAGAUGGUAGAUAACCAUGAUAUACUGAAAUAUAUACAUGUUAAAAUUACAAGAUGCCACUGGUUUUAGAAGAGAAUAAGAUAUAGAAUUUAUUUCAAUACAAAUUUAUGUCAACACCACUUCCCUUCAUUUCAUUUAUCUUACUGUAAUGCAUCAACGUUUGUUUUGAAUGAUUUAAUCUUUAUUUGUUUUCUCUUUUAUGUUGACCUCAAAAAAUAUCAUAGCAAGUUGGUUUGUUUUAUAACCAGGGCCGGUGCUAGCUUUAGGGCAACGUGGCUGCCACCCCAGGAGGAGACUUCAUAGAGGCGGAGUACUGAUAUUUUAGGUCAGAGAAAGAUUUUCUGGAACAUUUAUAGAACUAUAUCAAUUUUAUGGAGGAAGGGUAGGGGGGGGGGGGGGGGGGGGAAAUCAAAUGAUUUAAUGCAUGCAUGUGACUAGACACUAGACUUGUGUGAGAAUCAGUUAAUGUUGAAUUGUGUAUUUUAUUGUAAAAUUAAGCAGAUUUACUGAGAUAGUUUUGAAGAGAACUUGUUUAUUUUAAAUGUUAAAAUAUGUAUUAAAACAAUGUUUUUAAUUAUACUUGAAAUAAAGAUUUUGUGUUAGAAUAUGUAA